AUGACUGACGGUCCUAAAUCACUUGUGGGAAGAAAAUAUCCUGCAAAGAAACACGCACAGAAUGUUUUAUCUCAUUUGGAGAAGAGAAACUUGACCAAAUCAAAAGGUUCUGUGUUUUUCAUUAGUGGAGAAGACUUGGUGCUUUACAAGUACUGUGAUCAGACCCAACCGUUUAGACAAAAUAGAUAUUUCUACUACUUGAGUGGUUGCAAUAUUCCUGGCUCUCAUGUCUUGUACGAUACUGACAAAAACAAGUUGGUUCUUUAUUUACCAGAUGUGGAUAAGGAAGAUAUCAUGUGGUCUGGAUUACCAUUAUCCAAGAAAGAUGCCUUGGAAAAAUACGACGUUGAUGAAGUCAGAUACGCUGCUGACAUUGAGAAUGAUUUGAAACAAGUUGGAAAGGCAUACACCACUGAUAUUAAUAGUUUCAAUGAUAAAUUUAAAACUUAUUUGGUUGAAGGAGAUAAGGAUUUCUUCUUUGCACUUGAUGAAUCAAGACUUAUCAAGGACGAUUAUGAAAUUGAAUUGAUGAAACACGCAGCAAAGAUCACAGACAAUUGUCACUAUGCAGUUAUGUCUGCCCUCCCUAUUGAAACCAAGGAAACACACAUCCAUGCCGAGUUUAUGUAUCAUGCCUUGAGACAGGGUGCUAAGAACCAGAGUUAUGAUCCAAUUUGUUGCAGUGGUGAGACGUGUUCUACAUUGCACUGGGUGAAGAACGAUGGCGAUAUCACACCAGAUAAAAGAUCAGUACUAAUCGAUGCUGGUGCUGAAUGGGAAUGCUAUGCCAGUGAUGUCACAAGAUGUUUUCCAGUUAAUGGUGAUUGGUCUAAAGAACAUUUGGAGAUUUACAACUUGGUAUUGAAAAUGCAAACAGUAGCAUAUGACUUAAUGAAACCAGGUGUUGAUUGGGAAGACCUUCAUUUGGCAGCACACAAGGUUUUGAUUGAAGGGUUCUUGGAAUUGGGUAUUUUCAAAUCAGAAUACUCAGUUGAUGAAUUAUUCAAGGCAAAGGCCAGUGCCAGAUUUUUCCCUCAUGGUUUGGGUCAUGUCCUUGGUAUGGAUACUCACGAUGUUGCCGGUAAUGCAAACUAUUCCGACCCAGAUCCUUUGUUGUGUUAUUUGAGAAUUAGAAGAAAGUUGCAAACUGGAAUGGUGGUCACCAAUGAACCUGGUUGUUACUUUUCCCCAUUCUUGUUGGAAGACGUGUUGAAUAACCCAGAAAGUUCCAAAUACAUUAACAAAGAUGUGUUGGAUAAGUACUGGUAUGUUGGUGGGGUCAGAAUCGAGGACGAUGCUUUGAUUACCCAAGACGGGUAUGAAAUAUUCACUCAAAUUACUAAGGAUCCAGAAGAAAUCAGUAAGAUUGUUAAGGCUGGUCUUACAAGAGGUGUCGAAGGGUUCCAUAAUGUCGUGUAG